CAUAGAUGCGACAGGCCACUCAGCUCCUCAACUUUGGCGGCACCAAGAAACAAUGCAACCUUGACGUAGCUGAGAGGCCCGAAGAGAUUCCCAAUACUGCAGAACUGAAAGCAUUCAUGCACAAGCAUCGCAAAGCCGAGGAACUAGUCACCUGCAUAGACAUCGUCAACUUCCUAAAGCGGAGCCUGAAGGAGAGGUUCGACAAAUAUUUGGCCACCAGAAACUGUGGGUAUCAGUCCCUGUUGGAGCUUCUGCAUUGGUUUGCUCGCACCAUCACUUCACGCGACAACGGCCAACGAAAGGAAAACAGAGCCAACUGGACCUCUUGGUCACUCGAAGGGACUUAGCACUGGACUUCCACAAGGCGUUCAAUGACUUUGGCAUUAAUACGAUAUAACAGUGGAUGAGAAUGACAUGAACUAAGAUAUACCCCCUAAUGAAU